UGGAGUAUCUGGUUGACCCAUGAAUAUUCCAACUCAAAGUCUUCCCUUCUCUUCUGUGCAAAAUCUGGUUAACUACGAACAACAGAUUGAGAAGAGAAGUGAGCAUUUAAACCAAUUCUUUGUUGAUGGAAUCCUCCUUUCUGUUCGCAUUCUUUACUGCUUUCAUCUCUCUCUCAAUCUUUGAGUCCUCCAAGGCAAGUGAUUCUUUAUAUCCGAACCAAUCAAUUAGGCACCCACACACCAUAGUAUCUGCUGGCGGAACCUUUUCACUAGGCUUUUUUUCUCCAGGAAAAACCGAAAAUUAUUAUUUGGGAAUAUGGUAUACAAGGAUUCCUAUGAAUAAGUUUGUUUGGGUUGGAAAUAGAGACUACCCAUUUCAUAAUUCUGCUACUCUUUCCAUUAGUACUGAUGGAAACAUAAUGAUUACAGACGGAAAAAUGUCCUAUAAAGUGACAAAUAUUUCAGUUAGUGGCAACGCCUUUGCCAAGCUGCUAGAUUCAGGUAACUUGAUACUCAAAGGCCAAGUCCAAAAGGCAGGAAUUUAUUGGCAAAGCUUUGACUACCCCACUGAUACACUUCUGCCUGGAAUGAACCUUGGAGAUGAUUUUAGAUUUAAUCCGGAACACUUUUGGACAUUAGUAUCAUGGAGCAGCAUAGGAGACCCUACUCCAGGCAAUUUCUCUCUGGUGGCCGAUUUUUCUGGGUUACGUUCUUGUAAUCUAAUCAUCAAGCAGGGGAAUGAAACAUAUUGGAAAAGUCCAAUCCAAGGACUUACUUACAGUGGACAAGAAAGGAACUCGACCAUGACCAUGGAGCAACAGGAUCAUUAUACUGGGUAUGUGAGCAAUGGGUUUUGGUUUAGCGAGGUCAUCCCAAAAAAUGAGAGGCAUCGAAUUUCAACUUUCAAUCUGAGCCAAAAUAUCACAAGUGGAAAAGGGUAUGUGACUUUUUCUGCAAAUACAAAAGCAACAUCUCGGAUUGUGUUAGAUGUAUCUGGGCAGCUUAAACAACAGAUAUGGUCAGAACAUGACCGCCAAUGGAAUUCACUAGUUUCUUCUAAAUGUGGGUUUCAUUCAUGUGGACCUUUCAGCUUCUGCGAUGAAAGUGCCCAUACACCAUGCACUUGUUUGAAAGGUUUCAGGCCCUAUUCCCCUUAUGCCUGGAAAGAGGGCGACACUUAUCAAGGCUGUGUGAGGAAAGCCAGUUUGCAGUGCAACGACAGCAGAGUUCUUGAGAAAGAUGGGUUUUAUCACAUGCGUAAUUUCAUUUUGCCCAGUAAUCAAGUGAAGUUGCAUGUUAACAAUACUGAAGAUUGCAGAUCAGCUAGCUUAGGCAAUUGUUCUUGGAUUGCUUAUGCUUUGGACUAUGAUCAAGGGUGCUUGGUAUGGGAAAACGAAUUAUUUGACCUGAAGAUACCUUUAGAUGGCGAUACUAAUGGCAGAGACUUUUAUCUCAAGCUUGCAGCUUCUGAAUUGAGUACUAAAGACACUAGUUCAAGAAAUAAGAUCAAAAGGAAUGCAAGGAACAAGAGGCAACUAUGGACAAUUGUCAUACUGGGAACAUCUCUUGCAACGCUUACUUUAUGCUUGUUUAUUCAUCUAGCAAGGACAAAGCUGAUGAGGAAAGGGGGGGAUUUAUUGCAAUUUAAUUUAGAAAUGACCAUAAAAGAUGAUAAUAAGGAGUGCAGUGAAGAAAAUAGUCUUCGAAAUUUUAGUUACAAGGAAGUCAAAUUGCCAUUAUUCAGUUUUAGGAGUGUUGCUGCAGCGACACAGAAUUUUUCAGCUGCCAAUAAGCUUGGGGAGGGUGGAUUUGGUCCUGUUUACAAGGGGAAAUUGUUGAGAGGAGGAGAGGUAGCUGUGAAAAGGCUUUCAAGAAGAUCUGGACAAGGAUGGGAAGAGUUGAAAAACGAGGCACUCCUUAUAGCCAAGCUCCAACACAAGAAUCUUGUUAGACUUUUGGGAUGUUGCAUUGAACGAGAUGAAAAGAUUCUAAUAUACGAGUACAUGCCCAACAAAAGCUUGGAUUUCUUUCUCUUCGAUCCAGCCAAACGUACGAUGUUAGACUGGGAGACACGUGUAAGGAUCAUUGAAGGGGUUGCUCAAGGACUUCUGUAUCUACACCAGUAUUCCAGGUUACGAAUCAUUCAUCGAGAUUUGAAGGCUAGCAAUAUUUUGUUAGAUAAGGACAUGAACCCCAAAAUAUCAGAUUUCGGCAUGGCAAGAAUCUUUGGAGGAAAUGAGUUAGAAGCAAACACAAAAAGAAUUGUUGGAACCUAUGGUUAUAUGUCCCCUGAAUAUGCUCUGGAGGGCCUCUUCUCAAUCAAAUCAGAUGUAUUUAGCUUUGGAGUGUUACUGCUUGAGAUCGUGAGUGGCAGGAAGAACACUGGUCUUUAUCAAGCUGCUGCUCUCAACCUUCUUAGAUAUACAUGGCAAUUAUGGACAAGCGAAAGUGGAUUGAACUCGAUGGAUCCAGCAUUAGACAACGAUCCAUCUACAUCUACACCUGUGCUGUUGAGAUAUGUUCAAAUAGCUCUGCUUUGUGUUCAAGAAAGCGCAACAGAUAGACCCACCAUGUCUGAUGUUGUUUCAAUGCUCAACAAUGAAAGUGCCUUCCUGCCUUCUCCGAAACCACCUGCUUUUUCAAAUGUGAGAAGCGCCAUGGAAUCAAGGUCACCAAUGAGAAUUCCAGAGACUGUCAAUAACGUGACAAUUACAGUUUUGGAAGCUCGGUAAGUCAGAGAAAAAAGCACUUUAAUAGAAUAUUGGUGUAUCAAUUCGUCGAUUUACUACUUGAAUUAUGCCUUCAAACCACAGAUUAGGAUGCUGAUAUGUGGAGAAAAUUAGUCAAUAUAGCGGUUACAGUAAGUUAGUUGGCUUAUAUCAUCUGUUUUACAAAGCUAUUUAUGAUGUGCAUUAAUUUAUUAUUUUAUUUUAAAAGAUUA